GAGGUUAAAUCCCUAAUGUGCCCUUGCUUUUGACGUGUCCAUUGGCGGAAUACACUCCAUCUUCUUCGAAUGGGGGAGUGAAAAUUUGGAUUCAAAAUCUCAUUCGAUUUGGGGAGCGGCUGGGUCGCGGAGAGGGGAUACCACAUCCAAAAAUUGCAGGGAAAGAGACCGCAAUUCCCUUUUCAGUUCCCUUUUCAGCUUUUCCUUCCCCAUAUCUGGAAGCGUAAAGCACAAUACUGCGCGCUGUGCAUAUCGGAAACUGUCAUCGACUUCACAUCUGCAAGGUAAGUAAUGGUUGGAAUCUUAUUUUUCACUUAUGUCGAUUACGUCUUCUACAAAUACGAAACUAUAUUAACAAAUGUGGCUUGUCUGUGAUUUUCCAUCUAUGUUGGCCCAGAUGAUGUCUGUUUAGGUGGUGUCGGUUCGCUUAUGUCUUAUCAAUCUUGAUUCAGUUUGUAUGUAAUUCGUAGGUCAUGUCGGUUUGUUGUUGUAUAAAUUUCUAACUGAAUCUAAACUUCAGUGGGAAGCUCUUAAGUGUAUAAAUUAUGCAAAUGUCGGUUUGUUGUUGUAUAAAUUAUGCGAAUUUCGUUGCAGCAAAUUAUCUUGUGUGAACUGACUUGAUUGGAAGAUGAGGCAACCAAAUGCCAAUUAUGCUUGGCUAUGUCAGUUGGUUGAGGAUAUUCUGUACAUAUUUCGGAGGGAGACAUUUUUGCUUGUGCAUAGGUAUCUGAGGGCUCGCACAGGCCGUUCGAGGCGUCGAAUCCUCGAGACGGCUAAACGGUACAAUGUGAUUUGUAGGGUACCUAAACAACUGCAUAGAAUUGGCCGUCUACUUCAUUUGAGUGAUGCAUACUGUGUUGCCAAUAUACGAAUGGAUCGUAACACAUUCGCACGUCUAUGUUAUCUUCUCACUGAGCGUUGUGGGAUGCAUACCGGCAAGGUCGUUGGGGUGGAGGAACAAGUUGCCAUCUUUCUUGGAGUUCUUGCGCACCACAAAAAGAAUAGGGAAGUCGGUUUUGAGUUUUGGAGGUCGGGGGCCACUGUUUCAUACUAUGUAAACAAGGUCUUAGGUGCUGUUUUGUCCUUGCAUUCAAUUUUGCUUUCAAAACCUACACCAGUCACUGACAAUUGUGCUGAAAAUCGCUGGAAAUGGUUCAAGGGUUGUCUAGGUGCUUUGGAUGGCACACAUAUACCCGUGUUAGUCAGUAGCUCAGACAAACCUCGGUACCGGUCUCGGAAGGGGCAAAUAGCUACAAACACACUAGCUGCCUGUGACCGUAACAUGCAAUUUGUUUAUGUCCUGCCCGGAUGGGAGGGAUCAGCUGGGGACUCUCGUGUGUUGAGGGAUGCGCUGUCACGGGAAAAUGGACUCAAGGUCCCACAAGGUGGUUUAACAACUUGAGUGCUUAUUAGGAAUAUAGUUAAAUUGUUUGAACAUUAUAUGUGUACUAGUUGUACGUCACCAAGUAGUUGGUUUUCAUGUUGAAAUAGAACCAUGGAAUGAAGUUUAACUAUUGGGCAUGGAUUUAUUGUGUCUA